ACCUUUAAUUCCGAACACUGCAACCUCUUCUCCUUCCCCUCCUCCCUUUGCUUCCCCUUUACUCUCUCUCUCUCUCUCUCUAGUGCCUUUCUCCCUCUUGGUGUGUGCAGGUGUGCGCUGUGUUCGGCUUUCCGGCUUCUCCUCUUUCGCAAAGGAGCAAAGGGCGCUUGCCCUUCUCCAGCCUUCGCAUUCCGGCGUCACCGCUCACAAGCAAGAGCGGUAGUGCGCAGCGAGCGCCCGGCGUUUCCAGUUCUCACUUCUGAGGGGGCGCGGCGGGAGUACGUGAUGGAAUUAUUGUCCAACGGGGUUUGAUUGGAGGUGCUGCCAAGAUAAAGCGAUCAAGAUAAGUUUCUAAAUUACUUCGUCAAAUCAGGACAAGAUUCUGAAUUAGGAGAGCAUAUCAUACGGUUGUUCAUCAGACAGAUUGAAGAAUAUGUCGUCACCAAACAAUUCUGUCAGUGAAGCACUGUCAAGAACAACACCCGUGUUCCAUUUGAAAUUAUGGGUCGUGAUUGCCAUUGUCGUUGGGAUAGUAAUGGGAAUUCUGUUCAUCAUUACACUGUGGCUUUCGGUCCGAGGGAAAAAGAAGACGGUGAAGGGAUUUGACACUACAUCGCUAGCAGAGAUCCCUAUUAUGUCAAAGGAAAUCAACGUUGACAGAGUUGAUGCACAAAGCGUACAUGACAGCGGACCACCAUUCAUGCCAGUUCAUGAUAAAUAUCCAAAGAUGAAGGGUGCAGCACAUUUGGGAGAGAGUAGAUCUGUCGAUGUCGAUGCGUUCAGCCAAUGCAGCUCAGUGUACAACAUAGAGAAGGCUGGGAGUUCGUACUCUGAAGAUUACAGCAGUUCUGGGCCGGCUAGGAAAGGUAGUUCAUCAUACGCAUAUUCAGCUUCGCCUCUGGUUGGCUUGCCAGAGUUAUCACAUUUGGGUUGGGGCCACUGGUUUACCUUGAGGGACCUGGAGUCCGCGACGGAUCGGUUUGCAAAAAGUAAUGUCCUGGGAGAGGGAGGCUAUGGAGUUGUCUACAAGGGUCGGUUGAUGAAUGGGACUGAGAUUGCUGUGAAGAAAAUCCUUAAUAAUGUGGGGCAGGCAGAGAAGGAAUUUAGUGUCGAAGUUGAAGCCAUCGGUCAUGUUCGGCAUAAGAAUCUGGUGCGGCUACUGGGCUAUUGUGUGGAAGGGAUACACAGGAUGCUUGUCUAUGAGUAUGUCAACAAUGGCAACCUUGAACAAUGGCUUCAUGGGAACAUGAAUCAACGUGGUGUCCUUAGUUGGGAAAACCGUAUGAAGAUUCUGCUUGGCACUGCAAAAGCGCUUGCGUAUCUUCAUGAGGCCAUAGACCCCAAAGUCGUUCAUCGAGAUAUUAAGUCAAGUAAUAUCUUAAUCAAUGAUGAGUUCAACAGCAAGGUUUCUGAUUUUGGGUUGGCCAAACUUCUGAAUUCCGACAAAAGCCAUAUCAAUACAAGAGUGAUGGGAACAUAUGGGUACGUGGCACCUGAAUAUGCAAAUAGUGGGAUGUUAAAUGAAAAGAGCGAUAUUUACAGUUUUGGAGUGGUGUUGUUGGAAUCCGUGACAGCUAGGGAUCCAGUUGAUUACAGUAAACCUGCCGAUGAGGUGAAUCUUGUAGAGUGGCUUAAAAUGAUGGUUACCAAUAAGAGGGCAGAAGAGGUAGUGGAUCCAAACCUCGAGGUUAAGCCACCAAAACGUGCCCUUAAGCGGGCAAUCUUGGUUGGCCUGAAGUGUGUCGAUCCUGAUGCUGACAAGAGGCCAAAGAUGAGUCACGUCGUGCAAAUGCUUGAAGCAGUUCAAAAUGCAUAUCGACAAGAUCAGAGAAAGCUCAGCCUGGCGGGAAGCGUGGAUAUUGAGUCGCAGCAGUCACAAGAGGAGAAUUCAAACAGUGCUGAUGCCUGAAGCUUCGAUUCUGAACAAGCACAGAAAAGUAGGAUACCUGAAGUCGUUUGAUAAUAACAGCAGAUUGAUCAUAUUGAGUUCUUUGAUAGUAUGAGUGGAUCAGGUUUACAUUUUGCGAAUACGGCAGGUAGCAGCUAAAUCAGUUAGGAGCAAGCUGCUCAUUUCCUUUCUAGGAGUGCUUCUAUACUCCCCUAAAAGAAUUGCGUUACUGUUUGUUUUCUGUAGAUGAAUCGUUCAAAUCGUUUACACUAGAAUAUGUGUAGUUUCCUUUUAGGGGAGCAUAGAAGCAUUGUCUUCGCCUUCAUUUAUGGUUUGAGUUACCAGGAGGGACUAACCUCAAAGGCAUGACUAUAGUUACCGGAUUUCAUUACCCUUGUAUAGACAAUAGUAGACGCUUUAUGGAUACUCAGUUUUACCAUAUGAGCAUGCCAAUGUGAGCAUUGAAA